AUGUUGGGAGUACGUAUUGUGGAUUGUCCUACACGUUAUCUGGGGUUGCCUACUAUUAUUGGACAGAGGAAAGAAGUUCUUAUUAAAGCAUGGCUCGGCGCUCCCACCAUACAUAAUGGGGGUGUUUCAACUGCCAAAAAGUUUAUGUCAGGAAUUAUCAGCAAUGGUGGUGAGAUUUUGGUUGGGGAAGUUAGGUAA